AUGGGAUUUGUCCGAUUUUAUAAAACUCGUUUAAGUCCGAUUGUUACUCUAGUUGCAAUUGUUGCUGGUAUUCAUAUAUCUUGGUGGUCAAUUCAACAAAAUCCAGCACUUGUUCCUCCCUCUGAACGUCGCCGUAAUUUAUUAGGCUUUCGUAUCCCGUAUUUAUCGCCACCAGUUGCCGAUAAGUAUAACGAAAAAAUUCGUACGAGACGACUAUUUGCACCUAGCGGAGGUUCUCUUUCAUUAACAACAGCUACUGUGCUUAUUGCUAGUAUAUCUGCGUGUUUUUAUCUACUAGUACCACUUGAAUAUAUAAGACCCGAGAUAAUUGGUUGGAAUCGUGCAUCUCGUGCUCGAGAAAUACUUUUGAAAGAACAAGAACAACGAAAAUAA